CCACUUUUUGAUCUCUCCAGGGCCUCGCGCGCUUUGUUCCGAACAGGCGAUUCAAGGGGGCCAAAAGGAGAAGCACAAGCUUGUUCGGGCUAUGCUGAUCUCACCCAUUUCUGCACGGCGUGAGAGGCCCUCCUUGGUACCCAUUGGGGCACUGAGGAAAGUGCCUGCAGCUGCAUUGUACGGCAGCUACGGCUGAAGGGACUGGAGCAACGGGAUAGAGUGGAAUCCUGCCAAAUGGGCGAAUCCCACGAUGAAUCGAGUCUGCUGCAGUGUCAUUGGGCCUUGGCCGUCCGAAGGAAUCACAGCAUGAUGAGCUAGCACAACGGGCCCUUGGACCAACAAGUGCAACAUACCGAGCAGGACGUGUGAUACCUGUCGACUAAGCGAGCUCCUUGACUUUCCUGUAAGCUGUGGGGUUCUGGUAGUGGCGGCGCCACGGCAAGGCUCUUGGUAGACCCGUAUAUGUUGAGUCAGGCUGGAAUAGUGGGAGGGAUGGAGCACAGAUGCGGUGCUUGUUAGUACUCUGUGGGCGCAUAUGAUUGUACCGAAAUCAAGAGCAUUUCUAGCCCCAGCUCAGCUCCGGUCGAACUCAGGGCGACAUCAAUGCUCCACGAAUGACGAGGCCGGAGGAGACUAGUUUCAGAUUGUGGGACAAAGAUCUGGAGAACGGGACCUCCGUGCAUCUCCAAUGAGAGCCGAGCUCUCAGCUUCUGCUUGCCGAAAAAAAGAGGAUCCAUACGUAUGAUGCAUCCUCCCCAAUUGCUGUCAAUUUGUAUAGUUGGCAAAUCGGACGAAGAACAGCUUUCCCUGGUUCAGCUGCCCUCCCGGUUCCACGGUUUCUACGCCGCCGCCAACGUCUCCUCGGUCAUCCGGACUCCCUCCACAAAUUAUUUUUCGCAGACUGACAACUCAAGAUCAAUCACUGCGGUCGCCACUGUGAUCGUACCACCUUCCUGCGCGGCAUUUCCCAGCUCGCCCUGGCCGUUGUUUCUUCCCGACUUCCUCCCUGAACACCCUCGCCCUGCGACCAAAUUUGAGAUUAUCACUCCACUACCCCGUCCCGGAGUCGACAAUGGACACGCAGUGCGGGCUCUUCGGAAACACGCAAUAACCUGAUCCCAUCCAGUCGCGCCUCCUUGGCCCGAGCCGACCCCCUUGCUUCCGAGCUGUUUCCGCCGCUAUGAGUGCCCAACAGUCCCGCCGUGCGCGGGCGUCGAGCGACAGAGCGCAGGUAAUGCCCCCCGGGGUGCCGCAGCGCCCCGGCAUGGGAAGCCGCACUUCGUCUGCUCCGACAGGCGAAUUAUACAAGUUGGAUGCCGGACGGAGACCGAGCUCUGCGGCGAAGAUCGGACAUACGUUGUUGGAGGAGGAUGAGGGAUUCUCGAGCACGAGCCAUGAUACGCCGAAGCGUUCGAGGUCCCGACGCCGCGGUGAUGAGGAAUCCUCCAGGUCCAGUUUACCAGAAGUGACAAUCGCCGUUGUUGGAGAAGAUAAUGCGGGCAAGACCAGCUUUAUCAAGUCUGCAUUGGAUAUGAAGGGCACACCGUUGUCCGUUUCCACGAGGAAAAAGAUGUCUUUGGACGGAUCGGUUUACAUUGUGCGGUUGUUGGAAAUCGACUUGAAGCAAGUUACCUUCGACCAAGAUCUGAAUAUCGUAUGGCCCGGAGUGAAUAAGGAUUCGGGCAGUCCGAUCGUCGACGGAGUCUUGCUGUUGUACGAUGCCACUCAGCCGGAGAGGCUGGAAAAGACCAUUGAACUUGCAGAUGCCUUGGAUGACACCACAGUCCCAUGCGUGCUGGUUGCCUGUAAAUGUGACCAGCUCCCCGAGGAGAGUGAGCUAGGUCCGAUACAUGCGCGACACGAUAUUUAUCGUACAUCGCCCGAGUCACCCCGGUCUCAGCAGAUGUGCAUUGCACUGGUGUUGCGGUCUGUCAUCGGCCAUCGAGCAGGCUUGGCUGCGUCUGACUGUAAUAAUCCUCCUCCUCCCGCGUCGGCUCAACCUCAACAUCCCCAGUCCGCCCCUCCCCCGCCGAGGACGACUACCAAAUCUUUUCCACCCGACGCUUCUCCUUCCAAUUGGCACCACACCCGCGCCAAUUCUGAAACUCCUUCUGUCGUUCUCUCAGGAGCCGCUGGAGGCUCGGCAAAUUUGGUCUCGGAUCGAACUGUCGAUGGCAACGGCGCCCACCGUCUGCCCACCGACAAGGUCCGCCUAUCCAAUCUGGCGCAAAAGCAUGCUUCCAGUCCGUCUCGAAAUGCCAGGAGUAAUUCCCAACCGGUCCGACCGCAAACUCCGCCAACUGGCGCGCGGCUGAAUCCUCGCCGACCGUCUGCCCAGGGAGAUAUUUCUCCUACCCAAGAACACCUUCGCCAGCGACUCCAGCCGACCUGGCGACACAGUGGGGGCUCCGACGCCUUCAACAGCUUUUUGAACAUGGAAGACGAGAUGGAGGAUGGGGCACAACCCGCCAGCCCCGGGGCCGUCUUGCGCCCGAAGCCGAGCAGUGAGAGCAAUUCGAGUGCAGAGAUUGGAUUAAGCUUUGACGAACUUGUCGAUCGGCUGGUCGCUUUGCCCAUGUCGAAGCAAGAUUCCAAAUUUAGCGCCAUCUUCCUCUGCCUCUAUCGAAAGUUCGCCGCCCCGGCUACCCUGCUCAAUGCAUUGAUCAGUCGCUUUGACAAAAAUGAAGCCAGCAACGUGGACCAGCUCGCCCGCAUGGCUGAUCAAUUGCGCCUACUAAAUGUGAUCGCCUCCUGGGCUUCUGAAUACCCCGGCGAUUUUGCAAAUCCCAAAACUAAAAAACGCAUCAACGAAUUUGUUACGACUCUUGAAAAAAGCCAUUUCUACAUGUUUGCCGCAAAGGAAAUCGGGUCGUACCUCGAUACCAAUGCCGAGGACGACGAUAUUGGGUGGGCUUUCAGUGACGGUGAUGUUGACGAGUCGGCCUUUACUGAGACCUUCUUCGAUAACUCUGGCCGAAGUUCCCCCGUUCCUUUCAUGACCGGUACCUAUGACGAUGACGAAGACGAUGAAGUCGAAGAAGACCCCAUUUACAGCAGUAUGAGCGCCAUUGAUCUGAGCGAGGGGCUACACGAUUCUACCUCCCGCCUCUCUGGAACCCUUUCUAUCUCCUCCAAUACCGACAAACCCUCCAGUACUAUGAACCAAUCUUUCACCCUCUUGACUGUGGAGGCUGCUCAGAAGGAAUCUCUGCGCCUCGAAAUGACUGGCCGGACUUCACUCAGCAAGAUCCAGUGGCGGUACUUCAUGGAGACCCCCGAUGAAGAGUUCGCCCGAGAAUUGACCCGCAUUGACUGGAUUAUGUACAAUUCAUUCCGCCCUCGGGAUCUCGUGCGCCAUGUCAGUAUCUCCGGUGUGGACAAAGACAAGAUCAGAAGCUUGCAAAAUGUCAACCGGAUGAUCAAGCACUUCAACCACGUGGCUUUCUUCGUGGCUAGCAUGAUUCUCCUUCGCGAUAAACCCAAGCACCGAGCGAGGUGCCUGGAGAAGUUUAUGAGCAUUGCAGUGAAAUUGCGCCGCCAGAAUAAUUACAACGCCCUCGGUGCCGUGAUCGCAGCCAUCAACGGUACCCCUGUUCAUCGACUCACUCAGACCAGGGAAUUGAUUCCGGUCGCUAGCCAAAAGGAAUUCAUGCGGCUGGUUAUUCUUAUGAGCACCUCACGCAGUCACUCCGCCUACCGACUAGCAUGGGAUAACUCAUUCUCUGAACGUAUUCCCUUCCUCCCCCUUCACCGCCGCGACCUGGUGUCUGCGGAAGAAGGUAAUAAAACCUUUUUGGGUGAAAACAAAUCUCGAAUCAAUUGGAAGAAAUUCGAGGUUAUGGGAGAGGUGGUUAUUGGCAUUCAGCGAAGCCAAAAGAGUCCUCAUCCCCAGGCUCAGAAAUAUGACGAUGUCGAGCGGUUGAUUCUGGAUUCGAAACUAUCCGGCGACGAAGAGGAUCUCUACGCUCGCAGCUUGCAACUCGAACCAUCAACGGGGGGCGAAACCGGCCGUAGGAAGUUCGCCUGGCUACGUGCUUAAUCCCCCGCAAGCUGAAUUAAGAUGUACCUCUCGACUCUACGCCCAGCUAAGUACAUGUUCAACUAAUCUACAUGUCUCUCUAUCAACAACCAUUUUGUUCGCCAUACCCCCAUCUCACGUCGCUACGCUCCCAUGAUCGAUAUAUUGGUUCAAACAUGUUUUUCUUUCACUUUCUAUUAGCAUGCUCUUUUUUGGAAUGAACCCACGACAUGAGCAAGAUGACCUUUGGAGCGAGGUGUUGACCCGAAGCUUCGAUAUGAUGCUUGUUUUGUACAUAGUGCGCUUUCGUGGUAGCGGUGAUGAAGCCACGAUGUGGUGCGGAGAAGAAUCUCUACCCCGGGAUAUAUCCUGCUAUUUUUCCUCUUUAAACCCACGUAGCACGGUAACC